CACUGUUUAAGUCAGAGGACCCUUGGAACCAUGAGCAACUGGAUGGUUAACCAUGGCCUGUCUGCCCUCGUCAUUGUGGUGUGGCUGGGAAUCAACAUCUUUCUAUUUGUCUAUUACUAUAGAUUUUAUGAAUAUAAUCCAGAAUUUUACUACACAAGGAAAAUUCUUGGAUCCGCACUGGCCUGGGCACGAGCUCCAGCUGCCUGCCUCAACUUCAACUGCUUGCUGAUCCUGCUGCCUGUUUGUCGGAAUUUACUAUCCUUCCUCAGAGGAUCCUGCUCGUGUCGUAGAUGCGGUGUAAGGAAACAGUUGGACAAGAACCUCACGUUCCAUAAACUUGUGGCAUACAUGAUUGCUUUGCACACAGCAAUUCACAUUGUGGCACAUUUAUUCAACUUUGAAUGGUUCAACAACAGUCAACAAUCAACAGAACAGACGUUGGAUGCUGUACUAUCCAAUAUUGGGAAUAAUAGCAAAUGGCUGAAUCCUAUUCGGUCUGAUCAGACGACCCCCAGUUAUGUUACAUUCACCACAAUAGCUGGAUUAACUGGCGUCAUCAUUACACUGGCACUUAUCCUCAUGAUCACAUCUUCAACAGACACCAUUCGAAGAUCAUACUUUGAGGUCUUCUGGUUUACACACCAUCUCUUUAUCAUAUUUUUUGCGGGACUUGUCAUCCAUGGAAUCGGCCGUAUUGUUCGACGCCAGACCGACGAGAGCAUGAAGGAACAUGACUUCCUGUACUGUCACAAUCGUACAGCCGAAUGGGGACAGAUCCCUGAAUGUCCAAUCCCUUUGUUUGAGGGGGGAGCACCGAUGACUUGGAAGUGGGUGCUUGCCCCAAUGAUACUGUACGUCUGUGAGAGAUUAAUACGACUGUAUCGAUCGCAACAGAGGGUUGUCAUCACCAAGACUAUUGUUCAUCCAUCAAAAGUCCUUGAACUUCAAAUGCAGAAGAAGGGUUUUAAAAUGGAAGUAGGACAAUACAUCUUCAUCAACUGUCCAUCCAUCUCACAGCUAGAGUGGCAUCCCUUCACUCUGACCUCUGCUCCAGAAGAGGAUUAUUUCAGUGUACAUAUUCGAUCAGCUGGUGAUUGGACAGAUGGCAUGAUCGAAGCAUUUGGAGAAGAAAAAGACAGGGGACUAACACAAAUUCAACCAAGGAUUGCAGUGGAUGGUCCUUUUGGAACCGCUAGUGAAGAUGUCUUCCACUACGAGGUCAGUGUUUUGGUUGGAGCUGGCAUUGGAGUGACGCCAUUCGCAUCUGUUCUGAAGUCUAUCUGGUACAAGUAUGAGAAUUCUGACACUGAACUGCGAACCAAAAAGAUUUACUUCUUCUGGAUCUGUAGAGAGACUCAGGCAUUCGAAUGGUUUGCUGACUUACUCCGAUCACUUGAAAGCAACAUGGAACAACUGGGCAAACCUGACUUUCUCAGCUACAAGCUUUACCUGACCGGCUGGGAUGCCAAACAGGCCAUUCACAUCAAGGUUCACUUUGAUAAAGAGACUGAUGUAGUGACUGGACUCAAACAGAAAACACACUAUGGUAGACCCAACUGGGACAAAGAGUUUCAUUCGAUUGCACAAUCUCACCCCAAAACAAAGAUUGGAGUCUUCUUGUGUGGACCACAACCUCUGGCUAAAGCUUUAGUACAAUGCACAAACAAGUACUCGGAGAUCAACCCCUUGGGAGUUCACUUCCAUUUCAACAAGGAGAAUUUCUAGGUUUCAGGGGAAAGAACUGGAAAAACACGCUAUGGAAUGCUGAUUUUAUAGGAACCAGCCUCCAUCCUAACUAAAAUUUCUGAUUUCACAGAAGGGCAAUGUCUUGAAACUCAGUUACAUGCAGGUUACAAUUCUUCAGACUGCUAUGUAAACCCCCCCCCCCCCCCAUUCAUUUUAAUAGAUGUAGAAUUGCAGACUGUCCAUGUAUAGUAUGCACCAGCUCCUUAGGCUUACUGUGCCAUUCAAUAAAAUCAUAGCCAAUUCUCUACCUUAGGUCCCUCGAACAUUUACUUUUUCUUUUUCCUUUCUUUACAAAUGUGGCCUAAUCUGCAGAGAUUUCUGGCAUUUUUUGUGUGUUGUUUUUGCAAUGAAACUCAUUGCUCAGUUGCAGGAUGAAUCAACAAGCUGUAUGUUAAUAUUAGAUAAAUUUAGAUAAUUGCAUGACUUAUUAACAUAAACAUGUAUAACAGUAGGCUUGAUUAAACUGCAAAUAACUUAAAUUUACUGACUCUGCCCCCCAAGAGCUCGAGGCUUGAUCCACAAACAUUGUAUAUGAAUGUUGUAAAGAGCUAGCAAUUUAAUGUUUUAAAGAGGGAUAUAGCUCUUUAAUAUUCCUCUUCAGCAGCCUAAUGCUUUUUUUUUAAAAUACAAAAGGUCAAGUUCUUAAGGUUAUGAAGUCUUAAUGUUAAUAAGUAUUACAAGUGUGGCAUAGACUAAACAGUGCUGGAGAUGAACACAAUUUCUACCGAUUAUGUAAUGGUUAUUUAUUGGUGUGAAUUGUUUAAGCUAUGUUAACAUGAUAGGAAUGAGUGUAUCAAUUACACAACAUGACAAGUAUAUUUGUAAAAAAAAAUUCAUUUUGCUCUACUCCAAACCCACCUUUAUUGCAAUUUGUUCUUUUCCAACUCCCACUCCCAUACUCAAACAAACUUGCAUACAUUUUCAACUUCACCCUAGAUAUUAAAUUAUUUUAACUGUCUGAAGUUUGUCUUCCUGGAUCCAUAGAAGCCAAGUCUCACCCUCAAAUUUCAAUAUGCUGAACAAUAUUCUUAAAAGGCGUUCAGAAAAUCAUGCUCUCUUUGUCCAACUCUCACACAGGAAUCUACUGCUAACCGUUUUGUUCCUUUGGUCAUAAUGCUCUUCAGCAAAUAGAAAUGUGCAUUUAUAUACCUUCUUUCAUGCAGCAAAUCACUCAAGUGACUUCACAGGAGCAUAAUCAAACAAAUAAAUAAUAACAUAAUAAAUUGGAGGAGUUGGCCAUUUGGCUCCUCAAGCCCGUCCCAUCAUUCAACACGAUCAUGGCUGAUCUAUCCCUGGCUGCAUAUCUUUUCUUCUGUGCUAGUUCCCUACAGACUGCAAUUCCCUGAUCUUAAAAAAAAUGUAAUUUCUUCAAAUACCUGCAAUGUUCUGGCCUUCACAACCCUACAGGAUAGGGAAUUCCAGAGAUUCACUACCAUCUGCAAUAAGUUCAUAUGCACCUCAGCCUUAAAGGACCAUCCCCUAAUAGGUGAGACUAAAACGAGGGGACAUAGCCUCAAGAUUCAGGGAAGCAGAUUUAGGAUGGAAAUGAGAAACUGCUUUUCCCAGUGAGUAGUGAAUCUGUGGCAUUCUCUGCCCAGGGAAGCAUAUAUAUUUAAGGCACAGUUACUUAGAUUUGUACAUAGUAGGGGAAUAAAGGGUUCUGGGGAAAAGGCAAGUAGGUGGAGCGGAGUCUAUGGCCAGAUCAGCCAUGAUCUUAAUGAGGGCUCAGUGGGCUAGCUGGCCUAUUCCUGUUCCUAUUUCUUAUGUAACCUUGUAACAACAUCCCCUCAUUCAAGAUCCUUUCAUUACUGUUAAUAUAUUGGCAUGUCUGUCAGGCUCCUUGAGGAUCUAUAUGUUUCAAUAAGAUCAUCCCUCCUUCUUCUAGACGCCUAAGAAUAUAGACCUCAUCUUUUUUAGCCAUUUGUAAUAGGACAACCGUCUCAUCCGAGGAAUUAGCCCGCUUAAUUUCUUUUGGACUAUCUCCAAUGCCGAUUUAGCCAUUCUUAAGGGACUAAAAUUGUGCAGUGUAGUCUAGGCGUGGCCUUACCAGUAACCUGUACAAUUGUAAAAAUACUUCCCUAUUUCUACACCCCAACUUUCUUGCAAUAGAUGCCAAGAUCCCAUUUGCCUUCCAAACUACUUGCCACUUAGAUCACGCUGUACUUCUUUAUCUGCAUUUUCAGAUAGAUAGUCUGCCUUUUGAUUCCUCUUACCGAAGUGCAUCACUUUGCAUUUUCUCGUAUUAAACUCCAAUUUACCUGCUUUCUCAGCCUAUCUCUAGAGACACAGAGGUAUGGGAGAAAAUUCCAGUGUGAAGGCAUGACAUGACAGUUGAAACAUGGCUGCCAAUAGUGAGUAAAAAGUUGGGUGGUGGUGGGGAGGUGAAUUGUAAUUGGGGGCGAUAUUCAAAAAGUGACAUUCAGAGAAGUGAUUCUGAGGAAACUGUAAAGACGGAGGGGGGGGGGGGGGUGAACACAAGGACAAGGAUGAUGGGCGAAUGGAAUUCGGUGCUAGUUAGAAUCGAAGCACCAUAGAGAAUAUAGGCAACCAAUAGGUCCUUAAACCCACAAAAAAGAAAAAUACACAGGGAGUCCGACUUGCAUUAAAGAAAAAUCUGUCCAAUUGUACCCAUCAGGGAAUAGGAGGUUUUGGUGUUCAAAACAGCUGCCUGCUUGGUGGGCACUCAUGUUGGUCAAACAGCUUCCAAGCCAUACAUCCACCCACUCCAAAAAUCCAGAAUGCUAAGAGCUGCUUUUCUAAUCCUGCAGUUUAAAACUGCCAGUGGAAUUAUGCUCAAAAAACUAGGAAAACAACAUAUUCCUAAUCAUUCAGUAACUUGUGUAUAUGAACAGUGGACAUGCAAUAUUUUGAAUUCAGGACUGUACUAGUACCCACUCAGGAAACAUACUUUUUUUAAUAUUUGGUUAAAGGUCAAAAUCAUUUUCAAUACAUUUCCUGGCACCCUAUAUUAGUUAAGCUACUGUGAAAUUCAACUCAAAGGUAUGAAAAUUGAAAUGACUGUACAGAAGUAUUUAAUUUUCGAGUUUACUUUAUAUACUAUAAAUAAAGAUACGAAAUCAAGCCUG